CGUUUCUCCUGUCUGUGUCUUGACGUGGCGCCGGGCCGCCGCCAUGUUGUUUUGCUUCGUUGUCAGCAGAGAGGAGCAGCAGCGGCAGCAGAGCGGAGCUAUUUCCUGAUAGUGUGUCCGAACCCCCCCGUCUCCCAGCGUUGUCAUGGCGACCUUCCCAGAGUACAUCGCUUCGAACGAGGAGCGUGACGGUGUGCGGUUCAGCUGGAACGUGUGGCCUUCGUCCCGACUGGAGGCGACCCGGAUGGUGGUCCCUGUGGCGUCUCUGUUCACGCCGCUGAAGGAGAGACCAGACCUGCCCCCGAUCCAGUACGAACCAGUCCUCUGCAGCCGGGCCACCUGCCGUGCGGUGCUCAACCCGCUAUGUCAGGUGGACUACAGAGCCAAACUGUGGGCGUGUAACUUCUGCUACCAGAGGAACCAGUUUCCUCCGUCCUACGCCGGGAUCUCUGAGGUGAACCAACCAGCAGAGCUGCUGCCUCAGUUCUCCACCAUCGAGUACGUGGUCCAGCGGGGUCCUCAGAUGCCGCUGGUCUUCUUGUACGUGGUGGACACCUGUAUGGAGGACGAGGACCUGCAGGCCCUGAAGGAGUCCCUGCAGAUGUCUCUGUCCCUGCUGCCUCCCACGGCGCUCGUCGGCCUCAUCACCUUCGGACGCAUGGUUCAGGUCCAUGAGCUCGGCUGUGAGGGGAUCUCCAAGAGCUACGUGUUCAGAGGGACCAAAGACCUCAACGCCAAACAGUUGCAGGAGAUGCUCGGUCUGAUGAAACCUUCAGCUGCUCAGGGACGAGGACCUCAAGCUGCCCCCCAGCCCCUGUCCAACAGAUUCCUUCAGCCGGUGCAGAAGAUCGACAUGAACCUGACUGACCUGUUGGGGGAGCUGCAGCGCGACCCCUGGCCCGUCACACAGGGGAAGAGGCCUCUGCGCUCGCUGGGUGUGGCCAUGUCCAUCGCUGUGGGGCUGCUGGAGUGCACAUUUCCAAACACGGGCGCUCGCAUCAUGACGUUCAUCGGCGGCCCGGCCACGCAGGGGCCCGGCAUGGUAGUGGGAGAUGAACUGAAGACCCCCAUCAGGUCCUGGCAUGACCUCGAGAAGGACAACGCCAAGUUCAUGAAGAAAGCCACCAAGCAUUAUGAGUCUCUAGCUAACAGAGCGUCCACUAACGGUCACAUCAUCGACAUCUACGCCUGCGCUCUCGAUCAGACCGGCCUGCUGGAGAUGAAGUGCUGCUCCAACCAUACAGGAGGUUACAUGGUGAUGGCCGACUCCUUCAACACGUCUCUGUUCAAACAAACCUUCCAGAGAGUUUUCACCAAAGACGUGCAGGGCUCCUUUAAGAUGGCCUUCGCGGCCACGCUGGAGGUCAAGACCUCCAGAGAGAUCAAAGUAUCAGGAGCCAUCGGACCCUGUGUGUCUCUGAGCGCUAAAGGACCAUGUGUGUCUGAGAACGAGAUCGGCACAGGAGGAACGAGUCAGUGGAAGAUCUGCGGUCUGGAUCCCAGCACCACGCUGGCUCUUUACUUCGAGGUCGUGAACCAGGUAAGAACACUGUGGUGGUUUGAAGCUGCUGAUUGGUCGAUGUUAUGAUAACUGCUGCUGUGU